AUGGCCAUUGCUUCACAGAAGGUUGAAGAGUUCACUAAAGAAGAAGCAUCAACCUGGAACCAACAUAAUAAAAGUGAGGACAACAGUUACUAUCUGAACAAAUCAGCAACAAACUUAUCUCUUGGAGGAUCACAAUCAUCAUCAAGUUACCAAAACAAUAACCGUAAUUUGAGUUCUUGGGAUGACUGGGGAGAAGAGAGCAAUACCAAAAGGGAAGCAGCACCACAAAGUGGUUAG